CGUGCAUGCAUGCGUUUAUUUAGUUCAGAAUUGUAAGGUUAUAUUUCAUAGUGUUUCGCAUUGAAAAACAUUGGAAUUAAUAUUACGAAAAAGAGUUGGAAAAUAAUAUAAGGAUGUCUUCCUGGAAAAAAGCAGCUAAAUCAACCCAAAAAACGCAUAGAGAACGACAUCAACCCGAAUCUCGUAAACAUUUGGGUCUUCUCGAAAAAAAGAAAGAUUAUGUUGCCCGAGCUAAAGAUCAUCAUAAGAAGGAGCGUACUUUAAAGUUAUUGCAACAACGUGCACUCAAUAGAAAUCCAGAUGAAUUUUAUUUCCACAUGAUCAAUUCUAAGGUAGAGAAAGGUAUUCACAGAGAAAAAGAUAAGGAUGAUGAGCAUACGCCUGAGCAAAUUAAAUUAAUGGAGACUCAAGAUAUCAAAUACAUUGCAUAUAAGAGAAACAUAGAAGCUAAAAAAGUUGAGAAGUUGCAGAGUCGAUUACAUUUAUUAGAUGCUGUUAAUGAAACAAAAAACAGUCAUACAUUCUUUGUGGAUAGUGAUGAAGAAGAAAAAAAUUUUGACAUUGUUAAAAAGCUAAAUACACACCCUGCAUUAUUGUCCAGACGUUCAAAUAGACCUAAUUUGGAUAAAUUAAAAGAGACCAGUUUUCCACAAGUCGAUGAAAAUACUCUUGCUAGUAUCGAACAGCAGAAACGCAUGGCUUAUAAGGAAUUAGAUAAGAGAAUUGAAAGAGAACGAGAGUUAACAGUAGUACAACAAAAAUUAGAAAUUCAGAGAGCUUUAGCUAGAGAGAAGGAAAGAAAACCGAAACAAGUUAAACCUGGGUCCAGAUAUUCUGCUCCAAUCUAUAAAUGGAAGUUUGAAAGGAAGCGAUAAUGUGCCAUUAUACGUAUAAGGUAUGAACUUCUCUGCGAAAGACUAAAAUUUAAGAUAUUAAAUUAUUUUAGUUUUUUCAUUGUUCACAUUAUGCAAUGUUUCAUUUAUGUUAUUAGAUUAUUAAGAUCAUUGUAAGUUAAUAUUAAUUAAAUGAAUAUUUGUAAUACAGUCA